CUUUUUGUGUAGCGCUGCCUCCAAGCGGCACCCAUGUAGAACUGCUUUCCUCCUGCGGCGGCUAUUACGUCACUAAACCGCGACAAACCGAGGGACAAGCGCCACAUUUUUGGCAUUUUCAGCGUUACCGCUUUAGCUACCGAUUAACAAAUCUGGGGUGUACACUGGGCGAAAGGUUGAUGCACAAUGAGUUUAUUCGGUGCGACCACUGGGUUCGGUACAGGAGGGACUGGUGUGUUCGGAAGCACAACGACAGACAGCCAUAAUCCCAUGAAGGACGUUGAAGUGACUUCACCUCCAGAUGACAGCAUCAGUUGCCUGGCUUUCAGUCCACCCACCAUGCCAGGGAACUUCCUCAUUGGAGGGUCCUGGGCCAAUGAUGUCCGGUGCUGGGAGGUGCAGGAUAAUGGACAGACUGUACCCAAAGCCCAGCAGAUGCACACAGGUCCAGUGCUGGAUGCAUGCUGGAGUGAUGAUGGGAGUAAAGUCUUCACUGCUUCCUGUGACAAGACGGCCAAGAUGUGGGAUCUCAACAGCAAUCAAGCAAUGCAGAUCGCACAGCAUGAUGGUCCAAUCAAAGCUAUCCACUGGAUAAAAGCCCCUAACUACAGCUGUGUCAUGACUGGUAGCUGGGAUAAAACGCUUAAGUUCUGGGACACUCGAUCUCCCAAUCCAAUGAUGUCAUUGCAGAUGCCAGAGAGAUGCUACUGUGCAGAUGUUGUGUACCCGAUGGCAGUGGUUGCCACAGCCGAGAGAGGCCUGAUAGUGUACCAGUUGGAGAACCAACCCUCUGAGUUUCGCAGAAUAGACUCUCCUCUGAAACAUCAGCAUCGCUGUGUUGCCAUAUUCAAGGACAAACAGAACAAGCCCACUGGCUUUGCACUGGGAAGCAUUGAGGGCAGAGUGGCCAUCCACUAUAUCAACCCUCCAAACCCAGCCAAAGACAACUUUACCUUCAAGUGCCAUAGGUCUAAUGGAACCAACACAACCACUCCUCAAGACAUAUAUGCUGUGAAUGCUAUCUCCUUCCAUCCUGUCCAUGGCACACUGGCGACUGUUGGGUCAGAUGGGCGCUUCAGUUUUUGGGACAAAGAUGCCCGCACCAAGUUGAAGACUUCAGAGCAGUUAGACCAGCCGAUCACAGCCUGUUGCUUCAACCACAAUGGCAACAUUUUUGCUUAUGCUUCCAGUUACGACUGGUCAAAGGGCCAUGAGUACUACAACCCCCAGAAAAAGAACUACAUCUUUCUGAGGAAUGCCGCUGAGGAACUGAAGCCUCGGAACAAGAAAUGAUUCAUCGUGCCAAGUCACAUCUCUUGUGGGGGAAUGCAGAAGACCUGCUGCUUUAGUGUGUAUACUCUCGAGACAGACUCCUUCCUUUGGACAAACACCUGGACCAAUGCCACAGUGCUUCGUGUACUGUGCAUGGACUAAUAUGAGGGGCCUACCUGGGCUUGGUUCCAGCUGAAUGACAGUUGGUCUUCAUAGGAGAGGGCUUUACUUGUCACUGAUAUUGAUAUUUUGUUAUGUGUCCAUAUCCUCUUUUUUUAUGAGUUCCCAAAGACUGCUUGUUCUCCUCUGAUUUGCUGUUAUUCUGGGUUUUGGCUUCAUUACUGGAUGUAAAAUAAAUCAGUGCAUACUUACAGGUUUUAACAUUUUUCCAACUUGAAGGAGUGAAAUCGCUGUAAUUUGUUUAUUGAAGGUUUGUGGGACCUUAUUGUGCAUGUAAAACGAUGACCCUACGUUUCACCUGUAAGUCUCUCCACCAUGAGGGUCAAUGACAUCGGAACUGUCACUAAAUCCAAACGAUAAACUGAA